AUGUACAGAGACCAGCACGAGCUGCAGUUCCUUGGGUUCCUCGGCGUCUACAGAGAGAGCUCCAAGAUUAUCCUCAAAGGGAGGAAGAUCUUCGCUCAGAUCACGCUCACGCUCAUCCACCAUCUCUGCAUCGUCUUCCUCGCACUCUCCAAGGUUUCACAGCUCCUCUACUUCAAGUUCGUCAAGUACGAGAUCGACUGGGACAACCCCAAAAAGCACAGCCGGAGCCGUCGUCUACACGGUGGCUUGCAUCUACGCCACCAAGCAGAUUACUAUCACCAAGAUGAUAAGUGUCGUGCCCAGUGGAAGAGGCUCAUGAUCCCUUUCCUCUGGAGCUUCGCACUCUUCGUUGUGUUCAUUGUCAUGGCCAUAGGGCUUCUGAUCGCAGGGCUCAUCGUCGUGAGGCAAUUUUCAGUUGGCCCUGCACUUGGGAUUGCCCUGAGGGUCAUUCUCUUGAUCUUGUACGUUGUUGGGUUUGUUUAUAUCACCAUGAUUUGCCAAUCGGCGAGUGUGAUCUCGGUUCUUGAAGAUGCAUAUGGAAGGAAGGCGAUCACGAAGAGCAAGGGACUGACAAAUGGCAAGAUGGGCCUACGAGUUUGGUGUUUUCUUGGUGUCUUCGUGUGCUCCGUGCUGGUUCAGGCACUGUUUGGAUCCCUUGGGGUCUUGGACAUGGUUCCUAUUGGAGUCAAGAUUGGGGUUGGGCUGAUCUGCACGAUGUUGCUGUCGAUGCUGGUGCUGUUCGAUUUGGUCGUGCAAACAGUGAUCUACUUCGUCUGCAAGUCCUACCACCAUGAGAACAUCGACAGCUCCUGCUUGUCUGAUCAUCUGGAGUUCUGUCGUGGAGACUGUCCCUCUGAAGGCCAAAAGGCUGCCCAGGUUGAGCAAUUUCAUGUCUAA